AUGAGAGCUAGUUAUAUUGGGCAGGUUGUAUUUCAGGUUAUUUCUAAACAUAAUGAAUAUGGUAGCAAGUGUUGUAUCUUCUUCACACAAGAGCAGACAGGGUUUUUUGUAGUGGUUUACCAGCAAGGUGGCUGCAUGGACAUUGUUGGAGGACAUGAAGUGCAUCCUCAUUCCUGGCCUUAUAUGGCUGCUUUCCAGGACAAGAAUUUGGGUGUUUUUUGUGGAGGAACUCUUGUGGAAAAACAAUGGGUUUUGACAACAGCACCUUGUGUGGACACUAUUGCUCUCAUUUUGAGUGGUCUAGGCUCACAAAUCCAGAAUGUCACUCAUGACUGUGACAAAGAACCUUGUCCUCUUGACAAAUUGAAUGUGAGCGGAAGCUCCUCCUCCCCAGAAGAACAGCAGAUAUUUGGGGUUAUGGAAACCUUUCCUCAUUGUCAGUUUGACCACCCUCCCUUUGAUAAUGACAUAAUGCUCCUCAAGCUGAAUGAUACUGCCAAGCUGAAUAAAUAUGUGCAGCUUUUUCUGCCUGACUUUUUUGAAGAUGUUAAACCUAGCACACACUGCCAGGUGGCUGGCUGGGGAGACAAAUCACCAGGAAAGCCAUUGAAAUAUCUCUGGGAGAAACUCUUAAAAUUGCCAAUAGAGAAAUCUCUGACAAACAUUAUGCUGGUGACCCAAGGAGAUUCUGGUGGGCCAUUAGUCUGUGCUGGUCAGUACUGGGGGAUUGUUUCUUUUGGAGAAGCGUGUGAAAAAACUAGCACACCUGGAGUUUAUAAGUGGCUGACUGAAGAAUAUAUUGACUGGGUAAAAAGAAUGAAUUCCAGUUACACAGAUUCAUGA